CGGAGUCGCGUGCCAUUCCGACCCAGAACCCCAACCAGCCGACAGCCGUGCCGUAAACCCCACCAAGGCGAUGCCGGCGCCGCGGGGGCGGGGGCGGAGCCGGGGCCGGGGCGACCGCCGGAUCGACGCGGCCAUCGACCACUUCGCCGCCAUGGGCUACGCCGCGCGCGACAUCCGCGACGCCAUCGCUGAUCUUCUCAAGGUAUACGGCGGCCCUUCCGCGUGGCCCUUGCUGGAGGAAGGCUCCUACCAAGUCGUCCAAGACAAGCUCUUUGAGAAGGAGGACGAGGAGAAGCAGAAGCAGGAGCAGGAGCAGGAGCAGGACCAGACCCUGCUGCUGGAGGGCCAGCAAGUGGAGGAGGAGGAGGAGGAGCCUCCUCAGCACCAAGAACCAGCAGUAGACGAGGCACCACCAGAAAACAACAAGUUAAUCUUACUACAUGAUGAGGUACCAGUUGAGACUGAGUCUGCAGACGAAGUGGAAGAUCCUAUGUUCAUUGAACCAUCCCCCCUUGAAGCCAUAGUGCCACUUACUGCGGCUGUAGGGAUUGGUUGCAAAAGGAAACCAUGCUAUGGAUGGCUUACUGAGUCUGAUGAUGAGGAACAGCCCACCAUUCAACAUCAUGAGGUGCAUAUUCCAACUUCAGGAGGAGGCUUGCUUUGUAAAAGAAAUCAAGUCCAGUAGAUGCGGCAGAUUUCAACCUGACAAAGCCAGUGAUGUGCUGCCUGAAGAAGUGACUUACUGAAGCCUUGCACCUGAGCUUAGUAUAGUCUAGUAGUAGUAGUAGUAUAUCGAUAUAGAAGAGAGGUAACUGUGAUAAGCGCUACCUUCAAUUGGGAGACUAACGGAGCUUCGCCGAUUGAAUAAGCACCAACUUAGAUUGUAGUAUCAUGAUUUUAGAAGCAAGAGGUGAUGUUUAAACUAGGUGGUGGAAUGCUCGCGUUUUUGAACACUUCCAUGAUCAGAGAACGAUUGCAGUGCUGGUAGUGUGGUCUCCCUGGAUGCUUCAAAUGCUGGUUUCCAGUUUUUGUCAGGC